AUGACUCCGCGUAGCUCCAGCAGCAAGAGCCGCCUGCACAUGGCCGUCACCAUGCUCGUCCUCAGCUUGUUCUGGCUUGCAUCAACAUGGUCCUGCGGCAAUGACCACCACCACGGCCUGGACGCCGAUUCAAAAGUGCCCCUGGACGUGCACAUCAUGUCCAAGUGCCCCGACGCGCGCGACUGCUUAAACAAACUGGUGCUGCCUGCCAUGGCAAACGUAUCUGACAAAGUCGACUUCCGUCUCAGCAUGAUUGGCACCCUGACCGAAGACGACGGUGUGUUAUGCAUGCACGGCCAAACCGAGUGCCUGGGCGACAUCGUGAUGCUCUGUGCCGCAUCCGAGUACCCCGACCCCAAGCUCUACCUAGGCUUCACAAACUGCCUCAUCACCGACUACCCCGAGAUACCCGCCCGCUCGCUCAUUGAAGACUGUGCCUUGGAACACGGUCUCGACUUUGAAGUGCUGAACGAGUGCAUGAGCAGGGAAAACGGCGCGUAUGGCAUGGGCUUGCUGAGGGACAGCGCACAGCAUAGCCGUGAUGUGGGCGUGACGACGAGCUGCACCGUCAGGCUAGACGACAAGGUGAGGUGCGUGGCUGACGGGGGUAGGUUUAAAGACUGCCCCGAUGGUGAUAAGCCUGAGGAUUUGAUUCGGGAUAUCGAGAAGCUUUAUAAAGAGGCGCAGGGCUGGACCGAGUCUUGA